AUGGAGCUGAUGCCGGGCAAGACAAUGGAGAUGAUGCUGGAAGGCUCCUCCAGCACUCCCCAGGUAGUGAAGGAGCGGCUGCUUUGUCACGCCAUCGUGGGGAAUAAGGCAGGGAAGGCACAGAUAAUGCAAGUGGAUGUCACGUGCGAGUUCGUUGCUCCCAUUCUGCAAAUGUCCUCCAGGGAAAUCACUUUCCGGGCGGAGAAGCCCAUGAAGCUGGAGAUAGGGGAGGAACUUCAUCUCUCCAUCAGAUUUAACCCUGCUUACGAAGAGGAUUUGAAUAUCCGGGUAGCAGAGAAGGCUCUGAAGAUACUGUUUCUCGAGCAUCCUCAUGAGGAGCAGGUCACCGUUCGGGGAGAAGUCUACUUUCCGAAUCUCCGUAUCCAGACCAUGGCCCUGGACUUUGGCUGCAUCUUGAAUGACACUGAAGAUGUGCGUUACGUCGAGAUGACCAACUGCAGCCCGCUUCUUGUACGGUACCACUGGUCGUUCCUGACAGACAGCCACACGCACCAGAUGAGGUUCAGCCCUCCAGCACCUAAAUUUUUCAUCAAACCCCAACCACCGAAGGAAGAGGGAGCCUGGUCAGAGCUCUCGGGGUCUGCAGAGAGCAGCUCCGGGGAUGGAGGUGCAGCGGAGCCAGCCGAAGCCCUGGGAGCAGCGGGGGAUCCUGCCCAAGAGCCAGCAGAUGCAGAUGACUCCCUGGAAGCAAAGCCGCUACCAUCUACUGCUGCGGAGCUGGAAGGUGCUGCGGAGACUCAGAGCCCAGUGAGGGUCAAGGAAUUGAUGCAGUUCAUGGAGGCAGAGCCCCUCGCCUUGGGAGUGGAGGAGGUUUUUGAUGUCCUGCCGCUGUACGGUGUGCUGCAGCCAGGCGAGAGCCAGUGGGUCACGUUCACCUUCUUUGGCCACACAAACAUCAUUGCCCGCGUCGUGGCGCUGUGCAGGGUGGAGGGAGGCCCGACUUACGAGAUCGCGCUGAGCGGGGAGGCUUCGCUCAUCAACUACCUCCUAGACGUCAUGGAGAUCGACUGCGGCCUGCAGCUGUUUUACGAAGUCACCGAAGCAGAGAUCACCCUGCAGAACAGCGGGAAAGUAGGAUUUACCUACGUGGUGCUAAGCCCCAGCGCAGCCGCUGCAGACAGCCCUCUGCCUGGCGUGCCCCUGGUCGUGCCCAGCACGGGUUACGUUGGACCUGGCGAGGAGCAAGUGCUCAAAGUCUAUUACCUGCCGGGAGUGCCUGGAGUCUUCUGCAGGACUUUCCAGAUCCAAGUGGGUCACCUGGAGCCAGAAGAGAUCUCCCUGAAAGGAGAGGGGAGCUUCCCCAGGAUCUACUUGGACCUUCCCAGGAACAUCAAAGGAAACAAAAAAUAUGAGAAGAUCCUCAAAGAGGCAAAAGAGAAGAUGGAAAAAGACAGCCAGAGAGAUGAAGCAGUUGUUCUGGGGGAGGCUGCGGCCGCAGAGCCACCCACGGAUGACUCGGGCACCGUGUUUGACACUCGGUUGCAGAUGCAGAUGGAGCAGAUGCUGAUAGAGGAACACGCCCUGGAGCAGCAGAAAGCUCUCUCCUCCGGUCCCCCAGAGGACACUGCCUUUGACCAGCAUGCUCGUCGGAGGCUUCUCAAAGCUGAGCUGCCCGAGUAUGUCCUGGACUUUGGCUACGUCAUUCUCGGUAACAUCCACACGCACAUCGUGAAGAUCACCAACACCGGGCAGUUCCCUGUGUCCUUCCAUGCCGAUGGACGGGUCCUGUGUGACACAGGUAACCAGUGCUGGAGAGACUUCACAGCUGAGCUGCCCGAGUAUGUCCUGGACUUUGGCUACGUCAUUCUCGGUAACAUCCACACGCACAUCGUGAAGAUCACCAACACCGGGCAGUUCCCUGUGUCCUUCCAUGCCGAUGGACGGGUCCUGUGUGACACAGGUUUCAGCGUGGAGCUGGACCGCGUGAAGCACCUGCCCUACUGCGAGACAGAGACGUUUGAAGUGCGCUUCGACCCACAAAGUGCCAACCUGCCGCUGGGAGAGGUGGACGUGCUCCUGCCCAUCAAGGUAGCAGGAGGCCCCACGUUUCACGUCCACCUCCGUGCCAACGUGACUGUGCCAUCCCUCUGCCUCUCCAGGGACAGACUGGAGUUCUCCGCUGUCCAGUGUGGGCAGUGCCAGGAAGAAACUGUCCAGCUCCACAAUCAGCUCCAGGUCCCCUGUAAAUGGUUCAUCACCAUGAAUGAGCCUGUUAAGAAGGUGGACAAACAUUUGCCAGCAAGCACGCGUCGGAAGCUGCUCCAGGAGUUGAAGGCCAAGCCCUGUGUCUUUGAGGCGCUGCCCUCAGCUGGAGCCCUCACUCCAGGACAGCGAUGCAACGUGCGAGUCAGGUUUUCGCCCAUGGAAGAGAAGUCCUACAAAAGUGAGCUGAAGAUUAACAUUUGCCAGAGCAGCCAGCAUCUCCAGCUGCAGGUCUCAGGGCAUGGGCUGGAGCCACAGCUGGAGUUCAGCCCCCCAGUGCUCGAGCUGGGACCGUUGCUGCCGUACAGCCAUGGGGCAGAGGGGACGGUGGUGGUGAAGAACCCAUGCGAGUUCCCCAUUGAGUUUUACUCACUGGAGUUUGACCAGCAGUACCUUGCUGAGGAGCAGAUCCUGCGGAUGCUGAAGGACUACGAUUGCCACAACACCUUAUUGCUGCCUCCGCGUGCCCCGGGUGAGAAGCUGCCCCCAGAGGUGCUGGAGUACUAUCAGGACCAGAAAAGGCUGCAGGAUGAGCAGGCAAAGUCCAAGACUGGGGAACCAGCAGGCCGGGACAACGCAAACUCAGAAGAUGUCCAGUCUUUGUCGGAUCAAGGAGGAAAGCACUCUGCUGGGAUCGUUCACACCACCUCAUCCCAUAGCUCAGUCAUUCCCUCCUCCAUUUUUGAUGAAAGCCAGUCCAACAAGGUGGACUCUAAAUCUGAAUGUGGAGAAGAGGAGGAGGAAGGUGCUGAGAAAAGACGCGGGACAGCAGAGCAUCGGCAAAGCACCGCUAGCAGCAAGGAGGCCGCGGGAGAACUGGACGACAGUCCUGUCUAUAGGGCCAUCGCCCGCCACCUUGGCAUCGAUAUCUCUGCAGAAGGGCGCGCAGCCCGAAACCGCAGAGGGAUUGUCGUCAUCGUCCACGGGGCACCCCUGACAGGCAAGACGUUGGCAGCGGUUGCCCUGUCCAAAUACUACGGUGCUGCCUGCUUGUCCAUCGACGCCGUGGUGACAGAAGCCAUCUCGGACAGGAGCAGCUUGGCAGGGCUCCGCGCCCGGGAGCUGUGCAUCAGGGCUGCCAUCGAGCAGAGCCACAAGGAGACAGAGGAUGCUGGUCAAAACGCAGAGGUCUCCCUCAGCCUGCAGUUCAGCUCCGAGGCCAAGCACAGCCCAGACGUGAGCCAGUCCAGCUCCGGGGACAAAGUCAGCCUGCAGUCCGUCAGUUCCCGAGGUCGGACGAGCGCCGCAGCGGGCAAGAGGAAGACGGAUAGCCACGCAUCCCAAUCCCAGAAACAGCAUCUAACAGAUCCGGCAGGCUCCCAGCGAUGGCUGAGCGUCAGUGGCAGCACAGCGGGAGAGCUGGGCUUUAUGAGCUGCGUGCUGCCCGAGGACUUGCUGGUGGCCAUCCUCUCUGAAAGGCUGCAGUUGAGUGACUGCUACCAGGGAGUGGUGUUUGAUGGCCUGGAGACCCUCUUUGCACGCAACACGGCGUCUGCUCUCCUCUGCCUGCUCAAAGCUGUCAGAAAUCGGCCUUAUAUCUAUUUUGUGAACCUGUUCCAGGAUUAUGCUUCUUUGAAAGCCAGGGAGACAGCCGCAAAAGAGCAGGAAGGACGGGAGCAGGAAGAAGCUGCCAGGAGGGAGAGAGCACGUCUCUGGGAGAUGGAUGAGGAAGAGUAUGAUGCCCUCACUGAGGAGCAGAAAGCUCAGUUUAAUAACAGUAUACGACAAGUCCAGCGUGAGAGGAAGAAGAGGGAGAUGGAGCAGCUGGCUCGAGAGCUUGAGGAAAAGCACCGGCGGGAGCUAGAACGCUUGAAGGAGGAAGAAGAGCUGAAGAAGAAGUCUAAGCGGGGGAAGAGAGAGCUUGGAAAAGACAAAGAUAAUGCUUCAGGGAAGAAAAGCCAGCCUGGAGUCAGGCAGAACACGAACACAUCCACCAGCAACACCAAUGUGUCCACCAGCAACCGGUCGGAUGUCACCGAGGGGGUAGACAAGAAGGGAUCUGUAAAGGAGCACCCAGACUCUGUUGCAGGUGACAAGGAAGAUAAGAAAAAGCAGAGCAGGGUUGCCCUGACGGAUGCCUGCCCGGCGGUGGUUGUGCAACCCGCAGAGCCAGAAAAGGAGGAAACCAAAAACGAGGCCCAGAGUGACAGCGAGAAGAACUUGGCCCUGAGGUUUAAGAUCUACGAGGCAUCGCAGAAGGAUGUCGCGCAUAUUUUGUCAUCCUGGGACAGGUUUCAGGGUAUCCUGCUCUCCCCUCUGAACCAAGAGGAGGUGUGGCACCAAGCAGAAGACCAGCGCCAGCAUUUAUCCAGCCGCAGGAGCCGGAAGGACAGAGAGAAGGAGCGUCAGGAGAGGCUGGAGAAGGAGCGUGCAGAGAAAGAACGCCUGGAGAAGGAGCGGCUGGAAAAACUGAAGGCUCUUGAGGACUCCAAGUUAUCUCAGCUGGAAGGGGAAGGUGCAGGAGGGUCAGCCAGAGGCCAGGAUGUCGGGGUGCCCUGCUUGGACAUCCAGGUGCUGAGCUCAGAAGAUGUGACUAGGAAGAUUCUGGAGAGCGGCAAGCUGCCAGCGGCAGAGCAGAUCCUGGAUGGCCUGGGACUGGGUCCCUCAGGGCCUCCCAUUCCCCCUACCGCUUUUUACUCUGUGAUCCGCUACCCAGAGAAGCGGAUGGCCCCUGCAGCAGGAGAAGCCCUCAAGCACUUCGUCUUUGUUGUGCCAGAAGGUGCCACUGCAGAAGAUGAAAAGAAGGAUACCGAAAGUCUCGUGGAUGCCCCCGUCGUGUCUGCAGUGAAGAUGUCAGAGCAGCAGGUCACCCCAACCAGGGGCCGGUCGAGGAAGGAGAAAGCCACGGGCAGCCAGGAGGCUGCGAGGGAGAAGCGGAGCUCCGGCCGGGGCAGGAUAGGUCUCCAGGGGCCGGGCACGGGAGCACCCACACGUCCCCCAAAGGUGGACCAAAGUGGCACGGACAGGGUCCCAUCCCCAAGGAGAUCCGUCAGGCUGAGCAGCUGCCGGUGGAUAGUACCUGCCCGUGGCGAGGUGGAACUGAAGGUCCACUUCAGCUCCACGGUGCUGGGCCAGUUUGAUCAGACGCUGCAUUUUGAGGUCCUGGGGACAAACCGUCUGUACCAGCUGCACUGCAGGGGCACCUGCCUGUAUCCCACCAUCAGCCAGGACCCACGGCUGGUGUUUCCUUGCCAGAGGAAGAGCAAGGCGGAUGAUGACAUCAUCUCCAAGCAGUAUGUCAUGAACACGGGUGUAUUCCACUUUGGACCCCUGUUGUGUGGGAAGUCAAGAGACUGGUACAAGGCGCUGCACUAUCCCAGCAACUACGAGAAGAUAACCAUCCUCAACGUCACCCCCGUGGAAGCAGAGGUGCAUUUCUCCUUUGAGCGCGAUCUCAAAGCGGACACGUUCCUUUUAGACCCUCCCAGCAUGAGGCUGAAACCUAACGAGAAGCAGGAGCUGAGCAUUUGGGCGUACCCCACUUCAGCUGGCCUCGUGGAAGACAAGCUCGUCUGCUGCAUUCAGGAGAACCCAGAGCCGGUGGUCUUCCGCCUGUGCUGCCAGGGGGUGCAGGUGGAGCUGGGGGUCAGCCCCAAGCAGGUGCAUUUCGACAAGCUGCUUCUGCACAGGAGGGACAGCAAGACCCUGGUCCUGCGAAACAGCACCCCACUGCCCGUGGUGUGGCGGCUCAGUGGGCUGGAAAACCUCGGCGAGGACUUCUCCGUGUCGCAAGAUAAGGGCAUCGUUGGUCCCCGCACAGAGUUUGGCGUGCAUCUGUAUUUCAAGGCUACGAAGGCUCUCAGCAUUAAGAAGACGAUCCGACUAGAGGUUUCAGAUGCAGAAAACGUCCUGGGGAUUGUUCAGAUUGAAAAUAUCCAAAUCCUUGCAGAGGCCUACGAUGUUGCUCUGAGCAUCAGCAUUUCUAAAGGUACCGAUGGCAGCGUGGAUUUUGGAAUCCUUAAGGUCCUGGAUGAUGCGAAGCAAGUGCUGACUCUGAAGAACAAAGGGAAGUACGAGAUUGUGUACAGUUUCAAGCUGGAAACCACAGAUACCAACAUACCCGACCUGGCAUCCCACUUCACUGUCCAGCCGCAGAAGGGCGUGCUGACUGUCUCCGAGCGCCCCGUGCAGGUCCAGCUGCUCUUCCACCCCAAGAUGGAAAUGAAUAUUGAGGAGAAACCCAUCCUGCACUGCCAGGUGAUUGAGCCCAGCAUCUGUGAAGGAGGCGAGACCAUCGCCAUCAUCCCAGUGAGGGUGUCAGCGAAAGCUGUGUUCAGCAAGUACAGCAUUUACCCUGCCUCGCUCAUCAACUUCGGUGCCAUGAUGAACGGCACCAGGAAAACCUGCACCUUCACGCUGGAGAACGAAGGCAUCCUCGACUUUAAAUUCCUCAUCUACCGAGCAGACCAGGAUGCACCUGUAUUGCCAAGGAAAAGCGCACAUCAAAUGAAAUCUGCCUGCUCCCACGAGAGUGAAAGCUUAAGCAAAAUGACUCCCUCAGUCAAGCAAAGCAAGCACUCGCUGCAAAAGGAUGCAAACCUCUUCAUGCAGGCUCGCUUCACUGUAGGCAUGUUCACGGUGUACCCUGGCUUUGGCUCCAUCCCUCCUGGGGGCCAGCAGAUGAUCACGGUGGAUUGCUACGCAGAGCCACUGGGGACAUGCAAGGAGCACCUGUCUAUCGAUAUCAGCGACAGAGACCCCAAGGACAAUCCCCUCGGCAUCCCCUAUACCCUGUUUGCCGAGUCCUGCCUCCCAGCAUUUGUGGUUGACGACAUAGAGUCCAUCUUUGAGGAGCAUCGAAUCUGCAGCAACAUCAACCUCUGCCAGAUCCUACAGACAGUGGAAGACAAGGGCGUGUUCAUCACAGAUGAGAACAAGUUUAUCUUCACCAAUGUUCUGGUUGGGCACCGGGCCGCAGCUCGCUUCAAGAUCCGCAAUGUGGACAAAGUCCCCUGUGACGUGGUCCUCUCCGUCAAACCCAUCCCCGGUAAGCUUAACAGCCGCGUUAGCGACGUUUUUGAGGUGGAUCCCGUUCGGAUGUGUGUGCCCAGCCGCUCCCACGCCUUUGCUACGGUGACCUUCGCUCCACAAACGAUGCAGAACUACCAGUGCACUUUUGAGGCUUCCCUUGAUGUCCAGGCAAGCCCUGCAGCAAUUAAAGCACAAAGCCUGACCUUCAAUAUCAGUGGAGAUGGGAAUCUGCCUCGGGUGACGGUCCUGCGCCCGGUCCUUCACAAUAAGAGAGGGAACCCUCUGCUGCUCUUCAAGAAGCUGUUGCUGGGUGAUUCAGAAAAACUCCCUCUGGUCCUUCAUAAUGGUGGCAUCGUACCUGUCCAGUUGAUGAUAGACCUGUUGGAUGAAGGGGGAGUUUUCUUCCUGAAAGCCAGGCCCACCACACACUGCAUCUACCAGGCUGCAGGCGUGAAGGAGGACUCUCCUGGAGAAGAGAGGAAGCCCCACACCGCUUCCCUGGUCCUGCAUCACGGGGAAUUAGCAGAGUUUGACGUGCUUUUCAAACCCAACCUGGCCCAACGUGUGGAAGGGAAGAUCCACCUGUCAGUGGUGGACAACCCCUAUGAAGAGACCAACAUUCAGCUGGUGGGUGAAGGCUACGAGGAUGACUUCACGCUAGAUAACAUCCAUGGACUAGUGGCAGACAGCAAGGAGGAGAACACUGAGGGCAAUCUGGAGGAAGACAUAAUCGAGGCUGCCAGAGUGGAUCACAUCCAGUUCGGGGACUGUCACAUCGGGACACCCUACCCCGUGACCUUCACCAUCACCAAUCGCAGCAGGGUGGAAGGGAUGCGGUUUGAGUGGCUGGCAGGCACCCCGUUUCACUUCUCCCCCCAGGUGGGACACCUCCAUGCUGGCUGUGCUAAGGACAUCACAGUGACCUUGAAAUCAGAUGUCGCAGUCGCCUUCAAAAUGCACCCUGUGAAGUGUAAGGUGGCUAGGAUCGCCUUCCAGCUGCCGCCAGAGCAGGUUACCGACUGGGACGACCGCCUGCGCACCGUCAAGUGGGUGGAUGCCGUGAAGGGCCCAGCAGCCACGUGGCCUGUCAAGAAGAAGGUGAUCGAGACCGACCCAGAACCAGCUCACACUGUCCUGGAGAAGAGCAGCCGCGAGGUGGAGCUUCGCCUCAGUGCUGUCGUUGACUAUGCUGAGUUCAAGCUGGAUACGGACGUGAUUCAGUUCAAGGAGACCUUGCUCUUCCAGACGAGGACAUUCACUUUCCAGCUGUCCAAUAGAGGGAGUGUGGCCCUGGAAUACACCUGGAUGGUGGCUGUGGAGGACGAAAGGGCAGUGAGCCAUGCAGGGGAGCUGCUCCCGCCCAGUCUGGACGGGGAUUUCCUCUCCUCCACUUCUGGUGCCUCUGGGAAGCUCCAGUCUAGCCGUUGUUUGAGCCAGCCGGGCCGCACCCUGGAGCAGGUCUCUUCUUCCCUGAGCUCGUCUCUGAGCACUGUCAGUGCCACCCCGCUGUUCUCUGUCGAGCCUUGCAGCGGCACCAUCCCUGCCGGCCAGGAGCAGCUCUUCCAGAUGAAGUUCUCUCCGACGUACGUGGGGGACUUUGAGAGCCGUAUGCUCUGCAGUAUUCCUAACCUGAAGCCAAAUCAGAAGGGCCCAGAGGUGGUUGUGAAGGGGAGAAGCCUGAUGCCAAACUGCCACUUUGAACUGGAAGACUCUGACUACAUCACUGCAAAAAGGCGCAACCCAGAGUUGCAGGGACCAAAGGGGGCAACGUUAGAUCUCAACACAAGAGUGGUUGAGUUUGCGGCAAUUGGAGUGUGUGGCAGGAACAGCAGGACCUUCAUGGUUAUGAACCCAACCAGUUCCGCGUAUUCCAUCCAGUGGACUUGCCAAGACCCUGAGGCCCCACCAGAACAGGUGGCUUUCUUCUGCCUCACGGAGAGAGGUCAGAUCCAGCCAGGGAAGAAAGCAGAGAUGAAGUUUGAAUUCAUCCCCCGGCACCUGGACAUCACAGAAUCAUUCUGGGUCUUCACAAUCCCUGAGCAGAGCAUUUCAGUCCCGUUCCUGUUGGUGGGCAAUGCCACCGACCCGCUAGUGACUCUGGACAGAUCCCACCUGAACUUCCACUUGCUGUUAAUUGGGCACGAGGUACACCAGACUAUCUAUAUGAUCAACAGUGAGAAGGAAGCCUUCAGCUUUGCUUUCAGAGAAAGCUCUCUCUUCUCAGAGGGAUGCAACGCCUCUGUGAAAAUAGAGCCCAUGGAAGGCUCCAUUGCUCCUCUUUCAAGGUUUCCCGUUACAGUCGUCUUCACACCAACGCUAGAAGGAGAGGCGGUCUUUAACCUCAAGUGCGAUGUCAAGAGGAAGACCCAGCCCCUCUCCUUGAACAUCAAGGCCACCGGCUAUAGCAUGAACGUGUCUGUCAGGUGUGAGGACAGCAACGGCUGUGUCACUGAGCUCAGCACACAGGAGAUCAACGUCAUUGAUUUCAAAGAGGUACAGCUGAAUGAGAACAUCAAGCGCGUCUUCAGCAUCUGCAAUAACGGCAAGUUCAGCUUCACCUUCUCGUGGGAACUGAGUGGCCCUGCAGCCCGUAAGCAGGUCCUUACCGUCACCCCUCGGAUGGGCGCCGUGCAGGCGGAGGGGAAAGCAGAGACCCAGCUGGCUUUUCACCCACAGAAGAUGUGCUCUUUGAAGGACGUAGAGCUGACGCUGCAGAUCAGCAAGGGUCCCACGUUUACCUGCGUGUUUCUUGCCACCGUGGUAGUGCCCACUGUCCGCUUCUCCACCACCAGACUCAACUUUGGAGCCUGCUUCAUCUACCAUGCUGGGAUGCCACCUGCCCGUCAGACCCUCGUCAUCACGAACAAGGCAGACAAGGAUGUGAGCUUGAACUGCUCGUUCACCAGCACCACGCACCUGGAGGUGGACUUCCCAGGGUACGUCCUGUGCCCAAGAGGGACAGUGGAGGUGCCCAUCACUUUCUAUCCCAGAGAGGUUGCGUCUUACCGUGAGCUCAUCCCUUUUGAAAUCAAUGGUCUUUGCCAGCAGACUGUCGAGGUCCGAGGAAGGGGCACAGAAAUGAAGGUUGAUGUUGUGGAACCACAAGGAAAGGUGGUGAAGCUGGGAGCCCUCUCCGUCGGACAGACCGUGAAGAAGAUUGUCACCAUAGCAAACAACAGCGCUGCCCCUCUCACUUUUAAGCUCAGUCUCAUGUCCGCCAUGCCAGAGCUGCAAGAAGCUGGGGUUCUCUGCUUGAAUCCCACCAGCGAACUAAGUCUGAAGCCCAAAGGAGAUACCUGUAAAGUAGAGGUGACCUUCUCCCCAAAGUGCCGCAUCCAGCCCUUCACCGAAGAAGUGAUGUUGGAGUGCAACGGCCUGGUGCGCUCCCUCUUCAUGGUGCGGGGCUCCUGCCAGGGCAUCCGUGUGAGCUUGGACCAGGAACACCUCAGCUUUGGAGCAGUGGUGCAGCAGAGCUACACAUCCCAGCGGAUCAUCAUGCAGAACACGGGCGACAUAGGAGUCAAGUUUAAGUGGGACAUCGAGAGCUUCAAGCCAGAUUUCUCCAUCAGCCCCACAAAGGGUUACAUCUCCCCAGGAAUGGAUGUCCCCUUCGUUGUGACCUUCCGUCCCUCUAAGCUGAGCCGUGCUAUCCAGUACGAGGGCCUGCAGUGCUUCAUCCAGGGCAGUGAGCCGCUCCGGCUUACGCUGGCAGGAUGCUGCAUGGAGAUCCCUGUGACCAGAGAGACACUGACUUUCACAUGCGACGUGCGCGAGAAGCACAGCCAGACCGUCCUCCUGUCCAACCCAAGCCAUGAGGCCUGGACCGUGCAACCUGUCAUUGAGGGGGAACACUGGAAGGGGCCUGAAUUUUUCCAUCUAGAGGCCAACCAACAAAACAAGCCCUACAAGAUCACUUACAAACCCCUAACCAUGAGCUCUGAGAACAAGAAGCAUCAGGGCUCCAUCUUCUUCCCAUUGCCGGAUGGGACAGGCUUGUACUACCUCCUGCAAGGGACUGCUGAGGCCCCAAAGUGUUCGGGGACCAUUUUCCGGCAGGUGCCAUGUAGGACUUCCUACACUGAGCUCAUCCCCGUCUCCAACUGGCUGAACAGACCACAGAGGUUCGUCGUGGUGGUGGACAUACUCAAACCGGAAAACCUGGAAAGCAGUUCCGUGCUGCAGGGGCUGGAAUACAUUGAUGUGCCAGGCUCUGCCAAGAAGGACUACAAGCUCACGUUCCUCUCCUACAAGGAAGGAGUCUUUAACACAAUGGUGACCUUCCUCAAUGAGGUGACCAAGGAGUACUUGUUCUACAUGGUGACUUUCAAGGCCACCGCUUCGGGACCCAUCGGCACUGUUGAAAUGACCACUGCUAUUCGUCAGAGUGUGUCUUCCACCGUCAAGGUGGACAACCCUCUGCCCGUCCCAGUGACGUUUGCCAUAGAUUGCAAAGUGCCCGACGUCAACGUUCCCCCACAUUUCACUGUUCCUGCGCAGUCGGAGGCCGAUCUUGUCUUUGAGUACCAGCCCCUGAAAAUGGGUGAGAGCACCGGACGGCUGGUGCUCCAGAGCAGCGACUUGGGCUCUUUCUACUACAACCUGCACCUGAAAGCCACCGCGAGCAGGCCGGAGAAGCCCCUCUACUUCUGCACCACGCUGGGCUCUAGUCAGACCAUCACCACCAAAAUCACGAAUUACACCCGACAGAAGACAGACUACCUCCUCCAGACCAACUGCGCCGACUUCCAGACGGAGAAAACCAUCAGCGUGGCCCCCGCCAGCCCGGGGGGCUCGGAGGUGAGCCUGGAGGUGACCUACGAGCCCUGCCAGCUGGGCGAAGCCAGGGCCACGCUGCAGCUCUCCUCCCCGCUUGGGGGGGAGUACAGCAUCCCCCUCUUCGGCCUCGCCCUCCCGCCCAAGCCCCAGGGCCCCUUCCCCAUCAAGGCCGGCGGCACCACCUCCAUCCCCUUCAAAAACGUCUUCCUGCAGCCCACGGCCUUCCAGUACGCGGUGGAGCACCCGGCCUUCGCCGUCAGGGGCCCCGAGAGCUUGCGCUCCAAGAAGACCACCUUCAUCACCGUCUCCUUCGAGGGCGGCCCGGCCCCCGUCACCAGCAGACUGGUGCGAGAGUUCGUGGCUCAGAACAACGCAUCUCAAAUCAAACACGUGAUCCAGAUCCUGUCGCAGGAGUUCGCGCUCUCCCAGCACCCCCACAGCCGGAAAGGGGGACUCAUUGGCCUGGCCGCUUGCUCCAUCGCCCUGGGCAAGGACUCUGGGCUCUACCUGAAGGAGCUGAUUGAGCCGGUGCUGACGUGUUUCAACGACGCCGAUAGUCGGCUGCGGUACUACGCUUGCGAGGCUCUCUAUAACAUUGUCAAGGUGGCCAGGGGCUCCGUCCUCCCACACUUCAACGUGCUCUUCGAUGGCCUCAGCAAGCUGGCUGCUGAUCCUGACCCGAACGUCAAAAGUGGCUCUGAGCUCCUCGAUCGGCUUCUCAAGGACAUCGUGACAGAGAGCAACCAGUUUGACUUGGUAGGCUUCAUCCCACUGCUGCGCGAGAGGAUUUACUCCAACAACCAGUAUGCCCGCCAGUUCAUCAUAUCGUGGAUCCUGGUCUUAGAGUCCGUGCCUGACAUCAACCUCUUGGAUUACCUGCCAGAAAUCCUGGACGGGCUCUUCCAGAUCCUGGGAGACAACAGCAAAGAGAUACGGAAAAUGUGUGAGGUGGCUCUCGGGGAGUUCCUCAAGGAGAUCAAGAAGAACCCCUCCAGCGUCAAGUUUGCAGAAAUGGCCAAUAUCCUGGUGAUCCACUGCCAGGCGGCGGAUGACCUGAUCCAGCUGACGGCCAUGUGCUGGAUGAGGGAGUUCAUCCAGCUGGCUGGCCGGGUGAUGCUGCCUUACUCCUCAGGGAUCCUGACCGCUGUCCUGCCGUGUCUCUCCUACGAUGAUCGCAAGAAGAACAUCAAGGAGGUGGCAAACGUGUGCAACCAGAGCCUGAUGAAGCUGGUCAUCCCAGAGGAUGAUGAAAUGGAUGAGGCCAAGCAGUCAAUGACCCUACCGGCAGAGCCCACCUCGGAGGAGUCCGUCUCCAAGCCAGAGACAGCAUCUAGUGGCUCUCUGGAUGCAUCCGGUGACUCCAACUUCAGCAACAGCAGUGUCUUCACAGUAACCAGCUCCGAGAGGAUCCAGGUGACCCUGAACCUGGAUGGAAUAGUUCAGGUGCUGGACUGCCACCUUCAUGACACGUCCAUUGGGAUGAUGACCAGAAUUGCAGUCCUGAAAUGGCUCUACCACUUGUACAUCAAGACUCCUCGUAAGAUGUUCCGACACACCGACAGCCUCUUCCCCAUCUUGCUGCGGACCCUCUCAGACGAGUCAGAUGAGGUUAUCCUGAAGGACCUGGAAGUGCUGGCCGAGAUCGCUUCUUCCCCGGCGGGACAGACGGAGGGUCACGGGCCCUCCGACGGCUCCGAUGUGCGACCUGGCCCGGUGGAGCUUCACGUCCCGGCCAGGGCCGGCCAGCUGAGCUCUUCUGGUAUGAAAGCCUUGGAGUGCUCACCCUCCACCCCCACCAUGAACUCCUACUUCUACAAGUUCAUGAUCAACCUGCUCAAGCGCUUCAGCAGCGAACGGAAACUCCUGGAGACCAGAGGAGCCUUCAUCAUCAGGCAGCUUUGUCUACUUCUGAACGCAGAAAACAUCUUCCACUCCAUGGCAGACAUACUGCUUCGGGAAGAGGACCUCAAGUUCGCCUCUACCAUGGUCCACACCCUGAACACCAUUCUGCUGACGUCCUCUGAGCUCUUCCAGCUGAGGAACCAACUGAAGGACCUGAAGACCCCGGAAAGCCGUAACCUCUUCUGCUGCCUGUACCGGUCCUGGUGUCACAACCCCGUGACAACCGUGUCCCUCUGCUUCCUUACCCAGAACUACAAGCAUGCCUACGACCUCAUCCAGAAAUUCGGGGAUCUGGAGGUCACUGUGGAUUUCCUCACCGAGGUGGACAAGCUGGUGCAGCUCAUCGAGUGCCCCAUAUUCACAUAUCUCCGCCUGCAGCUGCUGGACGUGAAGAACAACCCCUACCUGAUCAAGGCUCUGUAUGGCCUGCUGAUGCUGCUGCCCCAGAGCAGCGCCUUCCAGCUCCUCUCCCACCGCCUGCAGUACGUGCCCAACCCCGAGCUCAUGCAGACCGCGGACAGCACCAAACCGAGCGCCGGCUUCAAGAGGACGACGGCCUCCAACAUCGACUACACGGAGCUGCUGCAACACUUCGAGAAGGUCCAAAACAAGCACCUGGAAGCGCGGCACCAGCGAGCUGGGCGGGCAGAGCAGCUGGACCGGCGGGUGAUCCUCUGAGCAGCCCCGCGGCAGCCGCGGGGCGAGGAAACUCCCCUUUGCUUUGCUAAUGCCUUCCCCGUGACUGUCAGCUGAGCGCCCAGCCUCCUGCCAGCGAGACCGGAGGGGAAGGGAAGACGGGAGCAGCCCCUGGCCUCCUGCCCUGGAAAACAAGCACGCAGGGCUGCUGGCCGCCUCUCGCCACCCCGGGCUUCCACCCUCCAGCUCCGAGGCCGCGCCGGAGACUGACGGCGGCAUCUCGCCUGGGGACUCACGCUCCUGUGCGUGGCACUCAGUCCCCUCCCUGCGUCCACGCACCCUCCCCAAGCCCCCAGCCCUUGGCACGGACGGCGGCGCAGCCUUAAAUCCCAGCUGGCACCAGGGGCACGGGGGGCGGCGGUGAACCCCAUCGUGCCCAGCCCAGGACUCAAUUCUUUGUUCCUAUGUUAAGCUC